AUGGUUCCAUGCUUCUGCGCUGCCGCACCCCGCAUGCCCUCAGAGCUGGAGUCCUACGCAGAGACCUUGCGCAUGUCUGCACAAGACGAUGCAAUCACCACACCUUCGUUUCCGAUGUAUGUAGUUCCAGCAGAUGUCCUGAUGGCUAUGACCGAGCUGAAGGCGCAUGAGGAGCUGAUGGCGGAGGGCUGCCUAGCGCAGUUUGACGGGUCCCAGGGAAAUGCAAUGUUUGUGUCGCAUCAGUGGUCGAGCAUCGACCACCCAGACCCCCACCUAGAGCAGUUCAAGGCGCUGCAAGAUGCCAUCAGGAACGCGAUGUCCGGAACGACGACCAUCUGGGGGAACAUAUCCAGCGAGAUGUACGACCAGACCUUCAUGGGGCAGCCGCAUCAUCUCUCAGCGGCCGAGUUGUCUUCCAAGCCGCUUUUUCUGUGGUACGAUUUCUUCUCAUGCCCCCAGUCCAGGCACAACGUCGCCCAUCGCAGGCUGGCCAUCACGAGCAUCCCGUGGUAUGUAGACAAGUGUGAGUUCUUUGUCAUCCUUUGCCCACUCCUCCAGCACGCAGAUACCAGGGAACUGCUGAACAGGAACAGUUGGGAAAGCCGCGCGUGGUGUCGGCUGGAGAGAGCGACUCGUGCACUCAGUGCCAAAGCGGAUAUGCAUCUGCCGAUUGAGAUCCACAGCGCAGCACACCAGGAGAUGGCUGCGUACUUCUCCUGGUUUCGAUAUCCUGUGGGAGAGGGGCACUUCACCGUUGAGUCAGACCGGCAAGAGAUUGCAGUGCUUUUGAGAGGCUUGAUCCAAAAGAAGUUGCAGUUCUACCUGAGCCAUGGGCACCAGCACAGCUACCGCAUCAUGUCGAACCUGCAGCGUGUGCUUCUCAGAGGACUCCCCAUUGCUCCACACGAUGCUUUGGUCCCUGGCUUCGUUUCGGACUUGCUCGAUCCUGCAAGCUUUGCAGCAGCCCAUUUCAUGUACCAGAAUGGGUUUCAGUCUCUUCGCGAGCGAGAUGAAGCUGGCUGGACUCCCGUCUGCUAUGCGGCGCUCGAUGGCAAUCCCAUGCUGAUCCUGACGCUUCUGGAACAGCGGGCAGAUGUGAACGACAAGAUCACGAAAGGGGAGCCGAUGUGCCACUUCGCGCCAGACACCCCGAUCCUUCACAUCUCUGCUUCGUUGACAAACAACGGUGCCAUCAAGGUGCUCCUUGCAAACCGGGCCGAUGUCGAUGCAAAAGAUGGCUACGGGGCGACUGCACUCCUCUGGGCCGCCCUGUCCAAUAACGUGGAGGGAAUCAAAUCUCUGGUGGCCGCCAGUUGUGAUCCCACGGAGAGGAACAUGAUCGGCUACACGCCUUUCAUCAUGGCCAGUGCUGCAGGAUCUUUGCAAGCCAUGGGGGAGCUGCUGAAAGGAACUCCCCGGGAAGAUAUGGAUUUGGCACUGCACGCUGCCAUGCGUCAUGGCGAGGGUGGCACGGCGAGGGUUGUGUCAACCUUGAUCGAGGCGGGUGCGGAUGUGGACCACCAGCAGAGUACGCCGUUCUUCAGCUCUUUAGGCAUCUUGUUUUCAGGCUUGAGCAUGCGGCAUCGCUGGAAGCAGUCCACCUUAAGUACUUAUGCCUACCAUCACGACAAGGCCACACCCCUGAUGUGCAGCGUCAUCACCAGCAGUUUCGAGGCUACGGCCAUGUUGCUUGCAGCUGGUGCCCGUACGGACUUGAGAAAUUCUCGCGGAUGCACGGCAGCAGAUAUUGCAGUGGAGACUUCAGCUCCCGACUACAUCCUGUCUGCCUUGCAUGAAGAUGGGGACGCACGCGCAGCGCUCGUGAUGGGGUUCUCAGACCUUGCUGCGAAUUGCUUCGUUUCACAAGCUUUCUAG